AUGUCCUCCAUCUCCUCAGCCCCGCAAAAUCCCACCUGGACCUCCUGGCAAGCCUCCCUCCUCCAAAGCUGCGUCCGCGGCGACGAACCUCGCGUCCGCGCCUUCCUACACGAUGCGCCGUUCCCCUCUCCGCCUCAGACCUCCACCACCAAUAAUGCCUCCACCAGCCCCACCACGAUUUCCCCUACUGCCCUAGCCACCGACAUACCGAGCGCAAUCGACGAAGCCCACCGCGCGAACAAGUUCAAGCAGAAUACGCUGAGGUUGGCGCUGCAGAAAGUCGCGGGACGCGGCCAUGAGCGGCUGACGCUUUUCUUGCUCGAGCAGGGCGCUUCUCCUAAUAAUUCUUCUACGUCUUCUGGGGGCGAAGCGCCGGCUUUGUAUAAAGCUGCUGAGGCGGCCGGGAAGGAGAAUGUGGGGGUCGUGAAGCUCCUUUUGGGGCAUGGCGCUGAUACAGAGGGGAAGGAACCCAGGAGCGGGCGCACGGCUAUCUUCCCCGCGGUGCUGAAGGGGCAUGUGGGCGUCUUGAAGGCGCUGGUUGAGAAGAGAGCAGAGAUCGGUGCGAGGGAUGCGGGAGGGCAGAAUGUGCUGAUUGUGCUGGCUAGUGAGAAGGCGGAGAAGACUGCUGGGGGGAAGGGAGGGGGAAAGGGGGUAGGCGGAGUGACGGAGGUGGUGAAAGUGCUGUUAAGUACGGCAUUGGAUCUUGAAGCAAGGGAUCGGGAUGGGAGGACUGCGCUACUAUGGGCUGCGGCCCUGGGGAAGGAGGAAUUGGCACAAUUGUUUUUGACUGGGCGGACGGAUGGUAGGACGAAUGCGGAGAUCAGGGCUACGAAUUAUAGAGGCAAGACGGCGCUGCAUCUCGCAGCGGAAAACCAUAGAGUUGGGAUGGUUGGACUGCUGCUGGAGCAUGGGGCCGAGCCAAAUGUGAGGAGCGAUGGCGGGUGGACGGCAUUGCAUAAUGCGGCGGACAAAGGACAUGAGGACAUUGCGGCGCUGCUGGUGGAGUGGGGGGCUGAUAUCAAUGCCACAACGUCGAGUGGGAUGACGGCACUACAUUGGUGUGCGAGGAACGGGCAUCUCCGCGUGGUGGAGUUCUUGCUGCAGCAGAAGGGGAUCAAGCGGAACGCGAAGGAUUCUUUCGAUAGUACCCCGAUGCUGGGCGCUGCGCAGAACGGGCAUAUUGAGAUCGUGGAGAAAUUGAGUCCGGCGGAUGAUGGGCAUUUGCUCUCGGAGAGCGCGCAGGGGGCGUGCAAGGGGUUUCAAGCAACGGUGGUGGAUUUUGGGAUGGAGCAUCGGCCUAUGAAUCACACGAAGCACUCGGUGUUUGAUGUGCUCUAUGGAUGGGAUGAGAAGAGAGAGAAACCGCUGGUGACCACGCUGACGAGGAAUAUACCGGCGAAACCGACGUUCAGGUGGAUUCAUCUGCCGACGAAUAAUAUGACUUGGGUGGAAGCACUGAUGACCAAGCAUUUUGUGGAGAACAGUGCGAGAGACGUGGAGGGGUUCAAGGUGCUGGAAAAGAGUUUUGGCCAGUUGCAUAGGGGGCCCACGGUGCAUUCGCAUUUCAUGAGGCCGUUGUGUCAGAGGAUGCCGCCGACGGAGAGGAAUCCGCCGAGUGCUGAGGUCAGUGACAGUAAUGCUGAGAAGCAAGAAAAUCAGAUACCCAAGAUUGUGACGCCAGGGAUGGAGGCGACAAGCACAAUAGAGACACCGGCGAAGAGCCCAGCCAGUGACAAGGCGGGGCCGGAAAAGAUGUCCAAGAGGUCCACGAAGAAGGGUGAGAAGGGCGAGAAGGCGUCCGAAAACACGAAGAAUGGCACACCGUCCAAAAAGGUCGGUAAGCACAAUCCUGGCGAUGUGACGCCUUCGAAAAGGGGCGGUCACAAGCAAGGGGAUCGCAACAAAACACUCGUGGGCAAGGCACCGAGGACUAAGGAGCGAAACGGGAAUAUCGUCCUUUUCAUGCCUUACCUUCAUUACGAGACUCAUUCACGGCGAAUGGAAAUGAGCAGUGUCAUUAAGAGAACAACCUGCGACUCAGACCAGUCAGGCGUAGGCCGGACAAGUGAUGAAAUGUUGAUUCAAGCCUAUCUACACAGCACUCACAACCUCCAAAUACGGCGAACACUGGAUCAAUUCUACUACCAUGCCAUCUCAACGGAUGAUCGUGAUGAAGAUCAAGUCGUCUACAGGUACACCAAGAAAAAGGAGAAGGAAGUGAAGGUUUUUAUGGUGGAUCAACUAUGGAUGUGGAUACUGGGAAAUGAUCUAAUAGUCACGAGUUUUCCCCAGAGGUGGAAGCAGCCUAAAAACGAUCCUUUGAACGUCCUUGAUGGCAUUAUUGAGGACAUGAGCUCGAAGACGAGGCCGCCAUUAAGAUCCAUUUAUGAUCUAGCGACCCUAAUUACAGGAAGAUGCUCCGGCGUGUUUGACCGACAUCGUGUAGGCGACGAGGACUACCAAUUUCUCGACAUGUUCGAGAGCUCUAUAGGCGAAGUCACAAACAAAGAGACCGAACUCUUCAAGAAAUUCAACGAAGCAUCUCUCUCCGCAACCGAAUGGCUGAAGCGCCGCCACAACCACCGCUCCCAGCCCGAGCUGCCCUCGCCCUUAACCGACACUGCCGACCCCCUCCACAACCCCAACACAACCUUCGUCGACACCCUCCUCGACAUCGGCAAAGAAACCUCCCUCCUCGCGGAAGCAAAAGACAUCCGCGACGAACUUAACAUGAUCUCCAUGGUACUGAAACACCAAUCCACCAUCCUCGACGAAAUGAAAGACAACCUCAUCGACUCCACUAAGUCCAACGACCCGCACCGCCGCAAAGAAUCCGAGAUCAAGAAGCGGUUUGGCGACUUAAAAAAGGUCGUGGAGGUCCACCUCAAAGACGUAGAUCGUAUGGAUCGCCAGGCUGAAUCUAUCUAUACGAGCCUGACGCAUCUGCUGGAUCUAAAGCAGAAACAUGCGAAUGCCUUCGAAGCACGCUUUGCGAGGGAUCAGGCCGCUUUCACGGGACGCCAGGGCCAGACUAUUAUGGUGUUCACGAUCGUCACGGUGGUGUUUUUGCCGAUGAGCUUUAUUGCUACGUUUUUUGCGAUCCCGAUUGCGCAUUUUGCGGGGGCUGGGGGUGUCAAUCGAGAAGGUGGGAGUGCUGGAAAUGGGGUUGGGGUUGGGGAGGGAGGGGUGAAUCAGUUGGAGCUCGGGUAUGUGAGCAAAUUCGUUUUCGGGGUGGGGUUGGCGAUUUCGAUACCGCUGAUUGCGGUGGCGUUCGCGGUGGAUAAUUUGGGGGGGUUUGGCGGGGACGUGGAGGAGGAAGGGGAAGAGGAAGGAGAGGGAGGAGGGAGAGGGUGUUUAUGGAGUUGGUGA